AUGCACCAAAAAGCAACGCAUGAUUUCUCCCAACAUCAUCUUGAUAUUCCCAUUGCUGCAACACGUUAUGCUCAAACCAGAUUUCCUUUUUCACCAUUUAUUAUUCGCUUUUCAGUUGGAAAUGUCAAGGACAAACAAGCUUCUGAAGAGAUCACCUUAUUUUUUAAAAAUCAACAUCAAACUGAUAUUUUAUUUUCUAACUAUAGAUCAUCAACUUCCAAAUGCUCCCCCAAUGAAUAUGAUAUUUUUCUGUUUGUCACAGAUGCUAAUUCAUUUAUUAGUUUAUACGAUGAAGAGAAAUGGCCACCACAAAUCGGAUCUGAACGUUAUACAUUUUCUUCGUCACCUUCUAUUCCACCUCAAUUAUCAUUGAUUAUAAAAAAUGUUGAUUUUCAUAUUGAUAUGAAUGAUUUUAUUGGAGAUCUAAAAGCUAAAUUUCCUGAUAUUAACCCUUUACCCCCCAUAGUGGUUCCAGAAGAGCAACUGACAAAAUAA